UCCUGAUGAUGAGAAUUACUGGGAGACAGAUUGUGGAAACUAUGCAGGAGCUCUGAUGUAUUUCUGUUCCUUUUAUGUCAUCAUUGCCUAUAUCAUGUUAAAUCUACUCGUUGGUAAGUAGACCUACUUUCAUCUUUCAAACCAGGAUGAAAACGUUUGGUGAAAGACUAGCACCCAGAAUGUUGCAAGAGAGGGACAAACCACUGUGAUCUGCACUUGUCAGAAAUUUCUCUCCUUCAAGUCUCCUGUGAGAUUUUUUUGUGUCAUUAUUUUGCUGGAAAUAGCAGUCAAUAACAACAUAAAGCAACACCUGGGACCUCAGCAAACAUUGGGACUGCCAUUUCUUUUUCUGUGAUACCAUGAUGCCAUGAAAUAUUCUUGGCACUGAAGAGCUAAAAAUUCUGGACGUACUGUUACUGUAAAAGAUGAUUUAAUUUUUCCCGUGUCAUCCCUUUGUUAAAUUAGGAAAAUGGGAAUUUAACAUGCAUCAUAAUGGGAUCAUUACUUCUUAUUUCAAUUUUUAUUAAUUCAUGGGAUGUGAGCACCCUUGCCAAGGCCCAAGCUCUGCCACAGUUGCCCAUCCCAAAUUGCCCUUGAGAAAAUGAUGGUGAACCACCUUCUUGAAUUCCUAUGGUCUAUGUGGUACAGGACUACACAGCAGUUAGGGAAACAAUUACGGGAAUUUGACCCAACAAUAGCGGAGGAAUGAUAAUAUAAUUCUGAGUUAGGAUGGUGCCUGGCUUGGAAGGUAACUUGCAGUUUCUGGUGUUUGCUGCCUGAGCCUCCAGGUGAUAGAGGGCACAAGUUUGGAAGGUGCUGUCAAAGGAGCCUUGGUGGGUUGUAGCAGUGCAUCUUGGUAAGUCUGUUCCUUUAUGGGAUACACUUCUUGUCUUCCAGGGUUAUCCCUGACAAAAGAUCAUUUCCUGAAAUACAUCAGACAAUGAAUCUUUUUAUCAUUUCUUUCCACCAGCUAUCAUUGUAGAAAAUUUCUCAUUGUUUUAUUCAACUGAAGAGGAUCAACUGCUGAGCUACAAUGACCUUCGACAUUUCCAAAUAAUUUGGAACAUGGUGGAUGACAAAAGAGAGGGAGCAAUCCCAACCUCCCGUGUGAAGUUCUUACUGCGUCUGCUGCGUGGGAGACUGGAGGUUGACUUGGAGAAAGACAAGCUGCUUUUCAAGCACAUGUGUUACGAGAUGGAGAGGCUGCACAAUGGAGGAGAUGUCACAUUUCAUGACGUACUGAGCAUGCUGUCAUACAGAUCAGUGGACAUCAGGAAAAGCCUUCAGCUUGAAGAACUGUUAGCAAGAGAGCAGCUUGAAUACACUAUAGAAGAAGAGGUAGCAAAACAAACAAUACGAAUGUGGCUGAAGAAAUGUUUGAAACGCAUUAGAGCAAAACAGCAACAGUCCUGUAGCAUCAUCCACAGUCUGCGAGAGAGCCAACAGCAGGAGUUAAGCAGGUUCCUUAUUCCCCCCAGCAUUGAGACAACUCAAGCCAGUGAAGAAAUGCUUGCCAGUAAUCAAGAUAAUGAAGCUCCUCCUGAGUCCAGUAGUCAACAGCAGCUACUCAGUCCAACACACUCAGACAGAGGUGGUUAUCGAUCCGACUCUGCUGAUAUCGGAAAACCGCAAAGAAAAUUUGGUCAGUGGCGUCUUCCAUCAGCUCCUAAACCCAUCAGCCAUUCCGUGUCGACAGUGAAUCUACGACUCGGGGGUCGUACAGCCAUUAAAUCGGUUAUGUGUAAAAUUAACCCAAUGUCGGAUGCUGCCUGUUCGGGUUCAGAUGUUAAGAAAUGGUGGACCCGACAACUCACCGUGGAAAGUGACGAGAGUGCAGACGACCUCUUAGACAUUUAACGUCAAAUGGAAUUCUCUCCAAAGGUGAAUUCAAUAGCCAAUGGCAGGAGAUACACAUCCUCUGGAUUGCCAUUGACAUCAGUCAUUGAAUUUGCCUACUCUGACUGGAUGUAUUAAUAGAGGUUUUAGCACAUGACCGCUCACUUCCAAGGACCACCCCCACCUUCCCAUCAUUGCCUAGCGGGUCAAUCAAGCACAGUAACAGCAAGGUUUGAAGAUGAACAGAUUGGCCGCAGUGGAGCUCCAGUUUGAAUUAUACGAGUCAGACAAGUAUAUGGCGUUCGCAAGAAUUAACUGGUUCUUCCUUCUGGGCGGUCUCCCGAGACCACACCCGGUCACCCAGGCUUCCCCACAGCCAUCAGUGAACCUACUCACUUGUCACUAUCCAAUUGGAUCAUGCUUGAUGUUCCUGAAGUGUUCAUAGGAAACGCCUUUCUUUAAAAAUGCCUGUGAUGUUUUGUUUUCUCCCCUGGGCUUUUCUCCCAGCAUCAACUGUGCGAUUGAUCAUCUAAUUCCUGGAGACGUCCAGGUCACCCUGGAGACUUGGCAACUUGACGUCGGAUGCUGCCUUCCUGUGUGGAUUGAUGUCUAGCUAUUGACAUUCAGAUUUGAUGGAAAGAACUUGACCUCAUUACAGUAUAAACUUUAAAAUCUAUUUACAUGCUUUGCCGCCCUCUGGUGUGGAACAUUGUUGAGUGCAAUAUCUUAAAAAGUCACAACCAAAGAGGGACCAUAUUUGCAAAUCCUAGACAGACUGUAAGCCAUAACAAGGAUAAUAUUAACUUUGAAACUUGUGGGAUUUAAGUUUUCAUUCUUGUAAUUUUGUUGAAUGUAAAACUUAUUAGUAGAAAUGCCAUGUGUGACCAGAUGAUAAUCCUGGUUGAAUUCUAGUCCAACAGUGUGAGUUAAAAUGAAAUUUCAACAUUUUGUGCCUUUACUAAAUGUUCACGUCUGGUCGAAACAUGUUUUUUGAUUUGAAAAGGAUUUCUGAAGUGAAUAUUUCCAAUUUUUUUUUAAUGUUAUUAUCCGUAACCCAUACUUGCCUACUAAUGGUUUCUCUGUUUUUCCUACAUUAUUGCCAUUGUUAUUCAGUAAACUGUGAGAG